GCCGAGGCAGGGCAGGGCAGGGCAGGGCAGGGCAGGGCUGGGGUCGGCCCCUUCCCUCCGUGCCCGGGCGGGGGAGGAGGAGCUGCCCGCGCCGCAGGGGGGUGGCCGCCCCGCUCCCCGCCGGGCGAGGCGAAGCCCCCGCGGCGCUGCUGGCGCGGCGGCGGCGGCUGGUGCCGGUUGGCGGCGGUUGGCGGCGGCGCCCGCCGGGGCUGAGGGAGUGACUGCCCGCCCCCCAUGCGGCGCACGCUCCGCGCUUUCUGCGCGCCGCCGCCGAGUUUGUUUUCUUUGUGGGCGGGUUCGGUGCCGGGAGCGGCUCGGCUCGGCGAUGCGGUGGCCGCGCAGGGGCUGCUGAGGCGGCCGCGGGGAGCCGGAGCGCGCGAGCGGCCCCAUGGAGGAGCGGGAGGGCGAGGUGCGCUGGGACGGGCUGUGCAGCCGCGACGCCGCCGCCCGCGCCGCCGCGCUGGACACCAUCGGGCAAGCCGUGCUCCGCUGCAGCGAGACCGUCGCGCCCGCCGCGGCGGCGGCGGCGGCAGCAGCGGCGGCGCCUGCCCGCGCCGCCACUGGGCUCCUGGCUCCCGCCGCCGCCGCCCGGGACGGGCUGAGCGCGGCGCUGGCCCGCCUGCUCAUGCUCUCCAAGCGCUGCCCCUUCCGCGACGUGCGGGAGAGGAGCGAGGCCAUCCUCGGCAGGGUGCAGGAACUUGGAAUACGAAUUCCUAGACCACUGGGACACGGACCAAGCAGAUUCAUCCCAGAGAAGGAGACCAUUCAAGUGGGAAACGAAGACGCCAUGAUGCACACGCUGUUUGCAGAUUCUUUUGCUACAUUGGGCCGAUUGGACAAUGUUACCUUGGUGAUGGUUUUCCACCCACAGUAUCUUGAAAGCUUUCUAAAAACUCAGCACUAUCUACUGCAGAUGGAUGGUCCACUCCCUCUUCAUUACCGACACUACAUCGGGAUAAUGGCUGCGGCAAGACAUCAGUGCUCUUACCUUGUUAACCUCCAUGUGAAUGACUUCCUUCAUGUUGGUGGAGACCCCAAAUGGUUGAAUGGCUUGGAAAACGCACCUCAAAAACUGCAAAAUUUAGGAGAACUGAACAAAAUGUUGGCUCACCGACCCUGGCUCAUCACCAAAGAGCAUAUUGAGCAACUUUUGAAGACUGAAGAGAACAGCUGGUCCCUGGCAGAGCUGAUUCAUGCAGUAGUUCUCCUCACACACUACCACUCCCUUGCUUCCUUCACGUUUGGAUGUGGAAUCAGUCCAGAGAUUGACUGUGAAGGUGGUCACACUUUCAGGCCCCCUUCCGUCAGUAACUAUUGUAUAUGUGAUAUUACAAAUGGUUACCAUGGGAUGGAUGAGAAUCAGGCCAGCCCUGCUGGAAGUAUUCCAAUUACAGAGUCUGUCUGUGAAGUUGAAGCUCUUAUGGAGAAAAUGAAGCAGCUACAGGAGUGCAGAGAUGAAGAAGAAGCCAGCCAAGAAGAGAUGGCUACACGUUUUGAAAGAGAGAAGAGAGAAAGCAUGUUUGUGUGCUCUUCAGAAGAUGAAGAAUCGGCACCAGCAAGAGAUGUGUCUCGCCACUUUGAGGAUACCAGCUAUGGUUACAAAGACUUUUCCAGGCACGGAAUGCAUGUGCCCACCUUUCGCGUCCAGGAUUAUUCCUGGGAAGACCAUGGCUAUUCCUUGGUUAAUCGUCUUUACCCAGAUGUGGGACAACUACUUGAUGAAAAGUUUCAUAUUGCUUAUAAUCUGACUUACAACACAAUGGCCAUGCACAAAGAUGUGGAUACCUCAAUGCUAAGACGAGCUAUUUGGAACUAUAUUCAUUGUAUGUUUGGAAUAAGAUAUGAUGAUUAUGACUAUGGUGAAAUUAAUCAGUUGUUGGACCGCAGCUUUAAAGUUUAUAUCAAGACUGUGGUUUGCACUCCCGAAAAGACCACAAAAAGAAUGUAUGACAGCUUUUGGAGGCAGUUCGAACACUCUGAGAAGGUCCAUGUUAAUUUGCUUCUGGUAGAAGCUCGGAUGCAGGCUGAACUACUUUAUGCUCUGAGAGCUAUUACUCGCUAUAUGACCUGAUGCCUCCGGCCGCCCGUCGACAUUGGAAUGUUCCACGGCUGCAGGAUGGCAGAGGAAGCUACAAAGCCUCAGGACCAAUGGUAGCUAUAAAUUCAGACGCCCAUUGUGCCAUAACUCCUUUAGUUUCAGCUAUUUCAGUGUUUGGAAUAUCACUGCUGUCACCACUAGGCAGUGAACGCUUGGCAGUUGAAAAGAUAGAGUUGUGCAGAAGUGCUGCCUGAUCAUGGUAUUUUGGCUUUAGACAGCACGGGACACUCUUAUGAACUUGUGGCAAUAUAGCAAAUGAUAGAUAUAUAAAUCUUGUAUUAAGGCAAAUACAACAGGAGUUGGAGUGUGAAAAGAAGUGGGACUUGAUGAAAUUUGCUUUCCCUACAAGAGUAAUUCUAGAAAAUCUUGAUGCUGCUAUUUGUGCUGGUGGAGUGAACAGAUGCAGGCUGUUCCAGUUAAGCUAAAAGUGAAAGUGAGCACUGCUAUUGUCUGAGCCUUUAUUGUGUGUGGUUUCAAAAAAGCCUUGUUAUUUAGCUUUAUUUUUUAAUCAGAACUAAACCUCCUCUGUCCACACUGACAAUUUGGAAGAUAGCAGUCAAUUUGCUCAUGUAGUAUAGCCUUAAAAUGCUAUAGGACAUUUGUUCAGCAUUGUUUGGUGAGCUCCAAAGUGCAAUGGUCUUCCUAUGGAAAGAAGAGGAUUUCAGUCCUCAGAGCUUUUUAGAUGUCUAACUACAUGAAGUGUCACAUAGCUCCUUCUCCUGUUUUUCAAGGAUGAACUGAUACCUGUCCAGGAGCUAGGACAAAGUAUGGGAAUGUCGUUCUAGACUGCCACACGGUCCUACUGCAUUACAUGCCCAAUGCUGGUCUUACCGAUUUUUGCAGUUGCUUAAAUAACUAGGCUAAAAACAUCUAUUUUUAGUAAAUCAAAACAUGAUUAAAAUGCUGACGUUCAAUAUAAAGUGGUUUUGGAGAACACAUGAAUACUUUUGUAUGAGUGUGAAUUGCUUUAUAAAUUUGUCAGUAUUGGUAUUUUUUAAAUAAAGGGUAACAACUUUU